AUGACAUCUCUAGACUACGACAGCCACUUCUCAGACAGCAAUGUCCCUUUCGGCAUCGCAUCGUCAAAGACACACCAGCAGCCCCAGGCCGCCACCCGUCUGGGGAAUUCGGUCUUGUACCUCGCCGACCUAUCUACUAUCGGGCUGUUCUCGGCAGUGGAAGGACUUCCAGAUGGAGUCUUCGAACAGCAGACCCUGAAUGAGUUUGCAGCACUCCCCAAAUCCGUCCACAACGGCGUACGAGGUUCUAUCCAGGACGCCUUCCGAGCCGGCGGCCUUGACGCAUUCCCGAGAGGUAGCGUGGAAGACGUGUCGACGGUGACGAUGCACUUGCCGGUCCAAAUAUGCGAUUUCGCAGAUUUUUCCUGCAGCCUCGAACACGUCAAGAACGCCGGCCGCAUCAUCGCCAAGACUGACCAGCCACCCCCGGCCUUCUUCAACUUCCCGACCGUGUACCAAGGCCGUGCCGGCUCCGUGGUGGUGUCCGGCACCGAGAUCGAGCGGCCCAUAGGUCAGUACCGGGACAAAGGUGCCCAGGACACGCCCGUGGUCUUCGGCCCGUCCAGGAUGAUGGACUACGAACUCGAGUUCGCCGCUGUGGUCGGGAAGCCACUCCCCAUGCGCCAGAGACUGAGGGCUACCGAUGCCGACGACCAUAUAUUCGGGUUUGUCUUGCUCAACGAUUGGAGCGCCCGCGACAUCCAAGCCUUCGAAAUGGUCCCCCUGGGCCCCGCCCUGGGCAAAAGCUCAGGGACCACCAUCUCGCCCUGGAUAGUAACCGCCGACGCCCUCGAGCCAUUCAAGGUGCCCAGUCUUGUACCUCGCAACCUCCCUGUCCCACCCCAUCUCGACGACCCAGACAACCGCAACUACUCGGUCCGAAUGCAGGUCGAGAUCCUCACCGGGUCGGGACCGUCCACCGCCACGGUCACGGGCGCCUGCGACUUGCCAUCCUCCAUGUACUGGACGGCGCGGCAGAUGGCCGCGCACAUCGCCAGCUCGGGAAGCGCGCUGCGCACGGGAGACAUCCUGGCCACGGGGACUGUCAGCGGGGCCGGGGCGGGCGCGCGCGGAUGUCUUCUGGAGGCUACGGAGGGUGGGACGGAGCCGAUUCGGCUGCGCGACGGGUCGACGAGGCGGUUCUUGGAGGACGGGGAUGUGGUGAGGAUGACGGGCGUUGCGGGGGAUUCGUCGUCGGGGGUUGGCUGGGGCGAUUCUCUCAGGGCCUCGGGCCCCGGCACGCGGAAGCACGGGUGUCGCGAGCUCUUGGCCGCCGUCUCCUCGAAGUCUGCGUCGCGCCCGAAGGCGACGUGGACCUGCUGGCCCGAGUCGGCGACGUUGAACCACGCGAGGCGGCCGCGCUGGAGCUGCGGCACGGGCGUCGCGGUUAGGCCGAGCGUGUCGCCGUAG